UUCUUUUUUCUUUUUGGUUUUUGGGUCACACUCCUCUCCUUACUCUCCUCUAGUUUCGUUCUCUAAAAUCUCAUUCUCUCCCCAUUAAAGGCGUCGGAUUCGAUUUGGGAUCUCUACGAUCUCCGCGCGGUUAGGGUUUUCCUUUUGGAAGGGUUCUCUUCGUUUGAAAUCUCCGCAUUUUGGAGGUAAUUUGAGCUUUAAAUCGAUCCGCAUUGGUCGGUUUGGGGAUUUUUUGGUGUUUCCGCAGUUAAAAAGUUUCCAAAAGAGGGAUUUUUCGAAGGAUUUGGUGGUUUAUUGAGUAGAUUGAUCUCCAAAUACACAGGCAUUGCUGAGAUUUCAAGCAAAAGUUAUCAGUGUUAGGGUUUCAUUCCAGCUUAAUGCAGGUGCUGUGGAGAAAAAUUGGGGUUUUUAGCUUCAAAUAUUCUGUUUCUUGGUGAUUUCGUUCCAAUGUAUCAUACACUGGUGCUCAGUUAAUCCUUGUAGAUCAUUUUUUUACUUCGUUUUGCUUUGAUUUGGUUGUGCACAUUGCCUCUUCUUACUACUGAAAAGUACAAUGAGAAGCAUGAAAUAGCUCCAUACUACACCAACUGCUGAAAUCUACACAUACUAUGAAGUUAAAUCCUCAAUUCUCGCUGUUUCUUUCUCUGUUCCUCAUAGUUUUGUCUACACCACUAUGUGAUUCCCAACCUCCUGAAUCUUCUCCUACACUAGCAAGAGAAUUGGAUGCAGUUCUUCAAGACUAUGCAUUUCGAGCUUUCGUCCACCCUAAAACUGGAAUCACUUACGACGGUUCUGUCCCUUCUAAUCUCACUGGUAUUCAGAUCGCUGCUCUAAGGCUUCGGAGCGGAAGUUUCAGAAAGAGGGGAGUUACAAGGUACAAAGAAUUCCAGGUCCCGCCAGGGGUAAUUAUUCAGCCCUACGUGGAGCGCAUUGUUCUUGUUUACCACAAUUUGGGAAAUUGGUCUUCUUUCUAUUAUCCUUUACCUGGUUUUACCUACUUAGCCCCCGUGCUCGGGCUCCUUGCUUAUGAUGCAUCGAAUUUAUCAGCCACCGACGUGCCUGAAUUGGAUUUUGUAGCUUCUGAUUCACCGCUAUUGAUCAAGUUCACAAACUUGAGCCCAGUGUCGGGUGCGGUCAUGGCUCAGUGCGUAUGGUUCGAUUUGGAUGGCGUGCCGGAGUUCAGGGACUUGGUUUCGAGAAAUACUUGCUCUACGUACCGACGGGGACAUUUUUCGAUAGUGGUCAACUCUACAGAGAUUCUCUCUCCUCCAGGGCCGGGUGUAUUUCCAAGUGAGCACAAGAAGAGCUCUAGAGUGUGGAAAAUUGUUGGAGGAGUGAUAGGAGGGUUUGUUGUCCUAGUUCUGGUUGCAUUACUUGUGGUGUGGAUAAGUCGGUGCAAACGGAGUAGAAAAGUGGCAGAAAUGGAAAGGCGGGCGGAGGUGGGGGAGGCAUUGCAAAUGGCACGGGUUGGGGACACCCAGGCACCUGUGGCAUUAGGAAUACGUACACAACCAAGGCUUGAGGAUGAGUAUGUUGCAUAAAUUGAUUUUGUAGGGUCUACAAUUGAUUAAGCCCUAAGUAUAUGUUGUUAGGAUUUGAUGGAGAUAAACUUAAAGGCGAACCAGUAACACGGCAGUGCUCAUUAACAAGGAACAAGUGGGGGAUGUUGAAAAUGUCCAGUAUGUAAAGAAUCAGCAGGUAUUCAUUGGUUAUGUUCCUUUUACCUUUUAUCUUAGUCUUUGUUCAAGAUCAGAUCAGGGCAUUCUUUUGAGGGAGUUAGCCGAAACGAUCUUCAUGGAAUUGUGUCCAUCUAUGAGGAAUUUCCAACCAUCUAUAUAUGGACCUUGGAGACGAAGGCACCCCUAUGUAGUAUUGGUGGUCUGGGCGUAUCUUAAUCAUUCUUUUUGUUGCUGUACUCAAAUCAAGCUUGCAAAUAAAUAUGAGGAAUUAUUCAUUUCUGUUUUUCAA